UUUUUUAUUGUUAUUUACAGAGGUUGAUAUGCAUUAUUUCAGCUCAAAAUUGGAGGACAAAUAUAGGAGAAUAUUUAUUAAAUUUUAAUUUGCCAAGUAUUCUUCUUCAUAAUUGUUUUCACGUUAAAGAUGUUGGACUUGAUUUUAUUAGUGGAAAUGGUGAAGUUCAUGAGGAUGUCAUUUCAUUGAUUUUUGAACACAUUUUAUCAUUGAAAAAAAAUAUAAGCACUAUGGAGGAUUACAUUAAUACAGUUGGACGUAAAGCAUGUAAAUGGCAAAAGGAAGAUAAGAAUUGUGUGGAUAGAUCUAAAAUUUGUUUUGCAGGAUUACUAAAGUACCUUAAAAAAAAUCCAAAUUAUCUUCCAUAUGAUAUGAAAACACAAGAUUUCAAUUUUCUUGACAUAUCUUGUAAUAAUGAUCAAUCAAUUAAAAAUAAUCCUUCUUUAGAAGAAAUACCAUAUUUUGAACGUUGUGAACAUAAAUAUUACGUAACUAAUGAACAUGAUGGAAAAAUUUUGAAUUCAUUUAAAAUAAAAAAAUAAUAUUUUAUUACUAAAUGAACAUAAUACAUAUGUUUGGAAUUUACCUAAAGAAAUUUAAUAAACUAUUAAAUUAAAGGUCAUAUAUCAAAUAGAAACAGAACUUUAUUUAAAAUUUUAAUUGUAA